AUGUUGUGUGUGCUGACAUUACUCUUAGCAGCUGCUGGCUCGUUAGGUGACGACACGGAUGGUGGAGUGGCAUUCAGGAUACCAUUGAACGAUGGGAACGCUAUGCCAGCUUUGGGUUUCGGCACCUUCCUGGGACUGGAUGAGAAUGGAAUGAGACCACCCGGUGAACAUGAGGCGGAGUACCCUGUAAGAUGGGCUUUGGAAGCUGGGUACAGACUCCUGGACACUGCGGUUACCUACCAAACGGAGGGCCAGGUCGGCAGGGCGUGGAGAGCCUCCGGUAUACCCAGGGAACAUGUCUUUGUUGUAACUAAGCUUUCGACCUCAGAAUCCAGAAACGUGGUGGCAUCUCUUCGAGGCUCGUUAGCUCGGCUCAACAUGUCCUAUGUAGAUCUAUACCUGAUACAUAGCACUAUCAGUAUAAAGCCAGACCAUUCAGGUUUUGAUAUAAUAGACUACCUAGACACCUGGAGAGGCAUGGAAGAAGUGAAGAGGCUCGGUCUAGCCCGGUCUAUAGGCAUAUCCAACUUCAACGUCAGUCAGAUUCAGCGGCUGAUGGCUCAUUGUGAGAUCAAACCCAGUGUACUGCAGGUUGAGGUAAACUUGAACCUCGCUCAAAAUAAACUGGUAGACUACUGCAAGAGUCAAGAUAUAGUGGUGAUGGCGUUCUCCCCUUUCGGGUCCCUGUUUAGCAGGGACCCACCGCCGAGACCCCCGGCUCCCAGAGCCAACGACCCCAUAUUGGUGGGAAUGGCUAACAAAUAUAAUAAGACCACCCCACAAAUUGUACUGAGAUAUUUGGUACAAAGAGGCCUCGUCCCAAUACCGAAGUCGCUAAAUAGACUAAGGAUACAACAGAAUAUACAGAUAUUCGACUUCCAACUGACAGACGAAGAAAUGCACACAUUAAGUGAAUUCAACAGAGACUACAGAAUAUUCUUUCCGACUUUCUGGCAAGAUCAUCCAUACUACCCGUUCGAGAGAGUGGACAGACCUGGGCCGAGUCUUUUCAAAGGACAGGGUUAUUAGAAUACGAAUCUUUUUCAAAAACUGUUCUCAGUAGGACCUGUGUGUAUCCCGUGCUACUACUGAGAAAUUUUCGAAAAACCGAAAAAAGCCCAGCAAUACUUUGUCCGACCCGAGAAUCGAACCCAAGACCCCUUGUCCGGCAGACGCAUUAGCGAUCACUCGACCAACGAGUAGGCUUGAGAAAGAAAGGGAAUCAAACAGUUUACGAAUUUCAUUCAGUUUUUAUAAGUAUGUCGGAGGAAGGUGUGGGCGAUACAUUGGGCGAAAGCCCUCUUCGUAACACAAAGGUAGAGCUAUGUGUUGGCAGCAAUAUAACAAUAAAAUCUUCGUUAAGAAA